ACUUGCCCCUACCUUUUCUAUCGAGUCCGCAUCCCUCUCCAGCCACUGCGACCCGGCGAAGAGAAAAAGGAACUUCCCCCACCCCCUCGGGUGCCGUCGGAGCCCCCCAGCCCACCCCUGGGUGCGGGGCGGGGACCCCGGGCCGAAGAGAUUUCCUGAGGAUUCUGGUUUUCCUCGCCUGUAUCUCCGAAAGAAUUAAAAAUGGCCGAGAAUGUGGUGGAACCGGGGCCGCCUUCAGCCAAGCGGCCUAAACUCUCAUCUCCGGCCCUCUCGGCGUCGGCCAGCGAUGGCACAGAUUUUGGUUCUCUCUUUGACUUGGAGCACGACUUACCAGAUGAAUUAAUCAACUCUACAGAGUUGGGACUAACCAAUGGUGGUGAUAUUAAUCAGCUUCAGACAAGUCUUGGCAUAGUACAAGAUGCAGCUUCUAAACAUAAACAGCUAUCAGAAUUGCUGCGAUCUGGUAGUUCGCCUAACCUCAAUAUGGGAGUUGGUGGCCCAGGUCAAGUCAUGGCCAGCCAGGCCCAACAGAACAGUCCUGGAUUAGGUUUGAUAAAUAGCAUGGUCAAAAGCCCAAUGACACAGGCAGGCUUGACUUCUCCCAACAUGGGAAUGGGCACUAGUGGACCAAAUCAGGGUCCUACGCAGUCAACAGGUAUGAUGAACAGUCCAGUAAAUCAGCCUGCCAUGGGAAUGAACACAGGGAUGAAUGCUGGCAUGAAUCCUGGAAUGUUGGCUGCAGGCAAUGGACAAGGGAUAAUGCCUAAUCAAGUCAUGAACGGUUCAAUUGGAGCAGGCCGAGGGCGACAGAGUAUGCAGUACCCAAACCCAAGCAUGGGAAGUGCUGGCAACUUACUGACUGAGCCUCUUCAGCAGGGCUCUCCCCAGAUGGGAGGACAAACAGGAUUGAGAGGCCCGCAGCCUCUUAAGGUGGGAAUGAUGAACAAUCCCAAUCCUUAUGGUUCACCAUAUACUCAGAAUCCUGGACAGCAGAUUGGAGCCAGUGGCCUUGGUCUCCAGAUUCAAACAAAGACUGUACUAUCAAAUAACUUACCUCCAUUUGCAAUGGAUAAAAAGACAGUUCCUGGUGGAGGAAUGUCCAGCAUGGGCCAACAGCCAGCCUCGCAGGUCCAGCAGCCAGGCCUGGUGACUCCGGUUGCCCAAGGGAUGGGUUCUGGAGCACAUACAGCUGAUCCAGAGAAGCGCAAGCUCAUCCAGCAGCAACUUGUUCUCCUUUUGCACGCUCACAAGUGCCAGCGCCGAGAGCAAGCCAAUGGGGAAGUGAGGCAGUGCAACCUUCCCCACUGUCGCACAAUGAAGAAUGUCCUAAACCACAUGACACACUGUCAGUCAGGCAAGUCUUGCCAAGUGGCACACUGUGCGUCUUCUCGACAAAUCAUUUCACACUGGAAGAAUUGUACAAGACAUGAUUGUCCUGUGUGUCUCCCCCUCAAAAAUGCUGGUGAUAAGAGAAAUCAACAGCCAAUUUUGACUGGAGCACCUGUUGGACUUGGAAAUCCUAGCUCUCUAGGGGUGGGUCAACAGUCUACCCCCAACCUAAGUACUGUUAGUCAGAUUGAUCCCAGCUCUAUAGAAAGAGCCUAUGCAGCUCUUGGACUACCCUAUCAAGUAAAUCAGAUGCCAACACAACCCCAGGUGCAAGCAAAGAACCAGCAGAAUCAGCAGUCUGGGCAGUCUCCCCAAGGCAUGCGGCCCAUGAGCAACAUGAGUGCUAGUCCUAUGGGAGUAAAUGGAGGUGUAGGAGUUCAAACGCCGAGUCUUCUUUCUGACUCAAUGUUGCAUUCAGCUAUAAAUUCUCAAAACCCAAUGAUGAGUGAAAAUGCCAGUGUGGCCUCCCUGGGUCCUAUGCCAACAGCAGCUCAACCACCUAUGGGCUAUGGGCCUCGUAUGCAGCAGCCUUCCAGCCAGAGCCAGUUCCUUCCUCAGACUCAGUUCCCAUCACAGGGAAUGAAUGUAACAAAUAUGUCUUUGGCUCCGUCCAGCGGUCAAGCUCCAGUGUCUCAAGCACAAAUGUCUAGUUCUUCCUGCCCAGUGAACUCUCCUAUAAUGCCUCCAGGGUCUCAGGGGAGCCACAUUCACUGUCCCCAGCUUCCUCAACCAGCUCUGCAUCAGAAUUCCCCCUCGCCUGUACCUAGUCGUACCCCUACCCCCCAUCAUACUCCCCCAAGCAUAGGGGCUCAGCAGCCACCAGCAACAGCAAUUCCAGCCCCUGUUCCUACGCCUCCUGCCAUUCCAUCUGGGCCACAGUCCCAGGCUUUACAUCCCCCUCCAAGGCAGACACCUACACCACCAACACAACUUACCCCACAAGUGCAGUCUUCACUUCCUGCUGCUCCUUCAGCUGACCAGUCCCAACAGCAGCCUCGCUCACAGCAGAGCACAGCAGCCUCUGUUCCUACCCCAACAGCACCGCUGCUUCCUCCACAGCCUGCAACUCCACUUUCCCAGCUAGCUGUAAACACUGAAGGACAGGUAUCAAACCCUCCAUCUACUAGUAGCACAGAAGUGAAUUCUCAGGCCAUUCCUGAGAAGCAACCUUCCCAGGAAGUGAAAAUGGAGGCUAAAAUGGAGGUGGAUCAACCAGAACCAGCAGAUACUCAGCCGGAGGAUAUUACAGAGUCUAAAGUAGAUGACUGUAAAGUGGAACCUACAGAAACAGAAGAGAGAGGCACUGAUUCAAAAACUGAAAUAAAAGAGGAGGAAGACCAGCCAAGUACUUCAGCUACCCAGUCAUCUCCAGCUCCGGGACAGUCAAAGAAAAAGAUUUUCAAACCAGAAGAACUACGACAGGCACUGAUGCCAACAUUGGAGGCACUUUACCGUCAAGAUCCAGAAUCCCUUCCUUUUCGUCAGCCUGUGGACCCUCAGCUUUUAGGAAUCCCUGAUUACUUUGAUAUUGUGAAGAGCCCUAUGGAUCUUUCUACAAUUAAGAGGAAGUUAGACACUGGACAGUAUCAGGAGCCCUGGCAAUAUGUUGAUGAUAUUUGGCUUAUGUUCAAUAAUGCCUGGUUAUAUAACCGGAAAACAUCACGGGUAUACAAAUACUGCUCCAAACUAUCUGAGGUCUUUGAACAGGAAAUUGACCCAGUGAUGCAAAGCCUUGGAUACUGUUGUGGCAGAAAGUUGGAAUUCUCUCCACAAACACUGUGUUGCUAUGGCAAACAGUUAUGCACAAUACCUCGUGAUGCCACUUACUACAGUUACCAGAACAGGUAUCAUUUCUGUGAGAAGUGUUUCAAUGAGAUCCAAGGGGAGAGCGUUUCUUUGGGGGAUGACCCUUCCCAGCCUCAAACUACAAUAAAUAAAGAACAAUUUUCCAAGAGAAAAAAUGACACACUGGAUCCUGAACUGUUUGUUGAAUGUACAGAGUGCGGAAGAAAGAUGCAUCAAAUCUGUGUCCUUCACCAUGAGAUAAUCUGGCCUGCUGGAUUCGUCUGUGAUGGCUGUUUAAAGAAAAGUGCACGAACUAGGAAAGAAAAUAAGUUUUCUGCUAAAAGGUUGCCAUCUACCAGACUUGGUACCUUUCUAGAGAAUCGUGUGAAUGACUUUCUGAGGCGACAGAAUCACCCUGAGUCAGGAGAGGUCACUGUUAGAGUAGUUCAUGCUUCUGACAAAACCGUGGAAGUAAAACCAGGCAUGAAAGCAAGGUUUGUGGACAGUGGAGAGAUGGCAGAAUCCUUUCCAUACCGAACCAAAGCCCUCUUUGCCUUUGAAGAAAUUGAUGGUGUUGACCUGUGCUUCUUUGGCAUGCAUGUUCAAGAGUAUGGCUCUGACUGCCCUCCACCCAACCAGAGGAGAGUAUACAUAUCUUACCUCGAUAGUGUUCAUUUCUUCCGUCCUAAAUGCCUGAGGACUGCAGUCUAUCAUGAAAUCCUAAUUGGAUAUUUAGAAUAUGUCAAGAAAUUAGGUUACACAACAGGGCAUAUUUGGGCAUGUCCACCAAGUGAGGGAGAUGAUUAUAUCUUCCAUUGCCAUCCUCCUGACCAGAAGAUACCCAAGCCCAAGCGACUGCAGGAAUGGUACAAAAAAAUGCUUGACAAGGCUGUAUCAGAGCGUAUUGUCCAUGACUACAAGGAUAUUUUUAAACAAGCUACUGAAGAUAGAUUAACAAGUGCAAAGGAAUUGCCUUACUUCGAGGGUGAUUUCUGGCCCAAUGUUCUGGAAGAAAGCAUUAAGGAACUGGAGCAAGAGGAGGAAGAGAGAAAACGAGAAGAAAACACCAGCAAUGAAAGCACAGAUGUGACCAAGGGAGACAGCAAAAAUGCUAAAAAGAAGAAUAAUAAGAAAACCAGCAAAAAUAAGAGCAGCCUGAGUAGGGGCAACAAGAAGAAACCUGGGAUGCCCAAUGUAUCUAACGACCUCUCACAGAAACUGUAUGCCACCAUGGAGAAGCAUAAAGAGGUCUUCUUUGUGAUCCGCCUCAUUGCUGGCCCUGCUGCCAACUCCCUGCCUCCCAUUGUUGACCCUGACCCUCUCAUCCCCUGCGAUCUGAUGGAUGGUCGGGAUGCGUUUCUCACGCUGGCAAGGGACAAGCACCUGGAGUUCUCUUCACUCCGAAGAGCCCAGUGGUCCACCAUGUGCAUGCUGGUGGAGCUGCACACACAGAGCCAGGACCGCUUUGUCUACACCUGUAAUGAAUGCAAGCACCAUGUGGAGACACGCUGGCACUGCACUGUCUGUGAGGAUUAUGACUUGUGUAUCACUUGCUAUAACACUAAAAACCAUGACCACAAAAUGGAGAAACUAGGUUUGGGCUUAGAUGAUGAGAGCAACAACCAGCAGGCUGCAGCCACCCAGAGCCCAGGCGAUUCCCGCCGCCUGAGUAUCCAGCGCUGCAUCCAGUCUCUGGUCCAUGCUUGCCAGUGUCGGAAUGCCAAUUGCUCCCUGCCCUCCUGCCAGAAGAUGAAGCGGGUUGUACAGCAUACUAAGGGUUGCAAACGGAAAACCAAUGGUGGGUGCCCCAUCUGCAAGCAGCUCAUUGCCCUCUGCUGCUACCAUGCCAAGCACUGCCAGGAGAACAAAUGCCCGGUGCCGUUCUGCCUAAAUAUCAAACAGAAGCUCCGGCAACAGCAGCUCCAGCACCGACUACAGCAGGCCCAAAUGCUUCGCAGGCGGAUGGCCAGCAUGCAGCGGACUGGUGUGGUCGGGCAACAACAGGGCCUGCCUUCUCCCACUCCUGCCACUCCAACAACACCAACUGGCCAACAGCCAACCACCCCACAGACACCCCAGCCCACCUCUCAGCCUCAGCCUACCCCUCCCAGUAGCAUGCCACCCUACUUGCCCAGGACUCAAGCUGCUGGCCCUGUGUCCCAGGGUAAGGCAGCAGGCCAGGUGACCCCUCCAACCCCCCCUCAGACUGCUCAGCCACCCCUUCCAGGGCCCCCACCUGCAGCAGUGGAAAUGGCAAUGCAGAUUCAGAGAGCAGCAGAGACACAGCGCCAGAUGGCCCAUGUGCAAAUUUUUCAAAGGCCAAUCCAACACCAAAUGCCUCCAAUGGCUCCCAUGGCCCCCAUGGGUAUGAAUCCACCUCCAAUGACCAGAGGUCCCAGUGGGCAUUUGGAGCCAGGGAUGGGACCAACAGGGAUGCAGCAACAGCCACCCUGGGCCCAAGGAGGAUUGCCUCAGCCCCAGCAACUACAGUCUGGGAUGCCAAGGCCAGCCAUGAUGUCAGUGGCCCAGCAUGGUCAACCCUUGAACAUGGCUCCACAACCAGGAUUGGGCCAGGUAGGUGUGAGCCCACUCAAACCAGGCACUGUGUCUCAGCAAGCCUUACAAAACCUUCUGCGGACUCUCAGGUCUCCCAGCUCUCCUUUACAGCAGCAACAGGUGCUUAGUAUCCUUCAUGCCAACCCCCAACUGUUGGCUGCAUUCAUCAAGCAGCGGGCUGCCAAGUAUGCCAACUCUAAUCCGCAAUCCCUCCCUGGGCAGCCUGGCAUGCCCCAGGGGCAGCCAGGGCUACAGCCACCUACCAUGCCAGGGCAGCAGGCGGUCCACUCCAAUCCAGCCAUGCAGAACAUGAAUCCAAUGCAGGCAGGCGUCCAGAGGGCUGGCCUGCCACAGCAGCAACCACAGCAGCAACUCCAGCCACCCAUGGGAGGGAUGAGCCCCCAGGCUCAGCAGAUGAACAUGAACCACAACGCCAUGCCUUCACAGUUCCGAGACAUCUUGAGACGACAGCAGAUGAUGCAGCAACAGCAGCAGCAGGGAGCAGGGCCAGGAAUAGGCCCUGGAAUGGCCAACCAUAAUCAGUUUCAGCAACCCCAAGGCGUUGGCUACCCACCCCAGCAGCAGCAGCAACAGCAGCGGAUGCAGCAUCACAUGCAACAGAUGCAACAAGGAAAUAUAGGACAGAUGGGCCAGCUCCCCCAGGCCUUGGGAGCAGAGGCAGGUGCCAGUCUACAGGCCUAUCAGCAGCGACUCCUUCAGCAACAGAUGGGGUCCCCUGCUCAGCCCAACCCCAUGAGCCCCCAGCAGCAUAUGCUCCCAAAUCAGGCCCAGUCCCCACACCUACAAGGCCAGCAGAUCCCUAAUUCUCUCUCCAAUCAAGUGCGUUCUCCCCAGCCUGUCCCCUCUCCACGGCCACAGUCCCAGCCCCCCCACUCCAGCCCUUCCCCAAGGAUGCAGCCUCAGCCUUCUCCACACCACGUUUCCCCACAGACAAGUUCCCCACAUCCUGGACUGGUAGCUGCCCAGGCCAACCCUAUGGAACAAGGGCAUUUUGCCAGCCCGGAGCAGAAUUCAAUGCUUUCUCAGCUCACUAGCAAUCCAGGCAUGGCAAACCUCCAUGGUGCAAGCGCCACGGACCUGGGACUCAGCACCGAUAACUCAGACUUGAAUUCAAACCUCUCACAGAGUACACUAGACAUACACUAGAGACACCUUGUAAUAUUUUGGGAGCAAAAAAAUUAUUUUCUCUUAACAAGACUUUUUGUACUGAAAACAAUUUUUUUGAAUCUUUCGUAGCCUAAAAGACAAUUUUCCUUGGAACACAUAAGAACUGUGCAGUAGCCGUUUGUGGUUUAAAGCAAACAUGCAAGAUGAACCUGAGGGAUGAUAGAAUACAAAGAAUAUAUUUUUGUUAUGGCUGGUUACCACCAGCUUUUUUCCCCCUUGUGUGUGUGGUUCAAGUGUGCACUGGGAGGAGGCUGAGGCCUGUGAAGCCAAACAAUAUGCUCCUGCCUUGCACCUCCAAUAGGUUUUAUUAUUUUUUUUAAAUUAAUGAAAGUAUGUAAUAUUAAUAGUUAUUAUUUACUGGUGCAGAUGGUUGACAUUUUUCCCUGUUUUCCUCACUUUAUGGAAGAGUUAAAACAUUUCUAAAACCAGAGGACAAAAGGGGUUAAUGUUACUUUAAAAUUACAUUCUAUAUAUAUAUAUAAAUAUAUAUAAAUAUAUAUUAAAAUACCAAUUUUUUUUUUCUCCGGGUGCAAAGAUGUUCAUUCUUUUAAAAAUGCUUAAAAAAAAAUCUCCCUUUCUUCCCCUCAUGUCAACUUUUGUGCUCCAGAAAAUUUUCUAUUCUGUAAUAAGUCUGAGCGUAAAACUUCAAGUAUUAAAAUAAUUUGUACAUGUAGAGAGAAAAAUGACUUUUUCAAAAAUAUACAGGGGCAGCUGCCAAAUUGAUGUAUUAUAUAUUGUGGUUUCUGUUUCUUGAAAGAAUUUUUUUCGUUAUUUUUACAUCUAACAAAGGAAAAAAAAAGAGGGUAAGAAACGAUUCCGGUGGGAUGAUUUUAACAUGCAAAAUGUCCCUGGGGGUUUCUUCUUUGCUUGCUUUCUUCCUCCUUACCCUACCCCCAACUCCCCCUCUCUCUCUCUCUCUCUCUCUCUCUCUCUCUCUCUCUCUCUCUCUCUCUCACACACACACACACACACACACACACACUUUCUAUAAAACUUGAAAAUAGCAAAAACCCUCAACCGUUGUAAAUCAUGCAAUUAAAGUUGAUUACUUAUAAAUAUGAACUUUGGAUCACUGUAUAGACUGUUAAAUUUGAUUUCUUAUUACCUAUUGUUAAAUAAACUGUGUGAGACAGACA